GUGCGCGCUGGGGCGAGCAGGAGCCGACCCGCGGCCCAUUGUGCGUCGGCCCGCGGCGGCCGGGAACAUGUGGGUGAACCCCGAGGAGGUGCUGCUGGCCAACGCGCUGUGGAUCACCGAGAGGGCCAACCCCUACUUCAUCCUGCAGCGGAGGAAGGGGCACGCCGGCGAUGGGGGCGGCGGCGGCGGACUGGCGGGCCUGCUGGUGGGUACCCUUGACGUCGUGUUGGACUCCAGUGCCCGGGUCGCUCCGUACCGAAUCCUGUACCAGACUCCAGAUUCUCUGGUCUAUUGGACCAUUGCCUGUGGUGGUUCCAGGAAGGAGAUCACUGAACACUGGGAAUGGCUUGAACAGAACCUACUCCAGACCCUCUCCAUCUUUGAAAAUGAGAACGAUAUCACCACGUUCGUGAGAGGAAAGAUACAGGGCAUCAUUGCAGAGUAUAACAAAAUUAAUGAUGUAAAGGAAGAUGAUGACACAGAGAAGUUCAAGGAAGCCAUCGUGAAGUUCCAUCGGCUGUUUGGGAUGCCCGAGGAAGAGAAGCUAGUCAACUAUUACUCUUGCAGCUACUGGAAGGGGAAGGUGCCCCGCCAGGGGUGGAUGUACCUCAGUAUUAAUCACCUUUGCUUUUAUUCUUUUCUCAUGGGAAGGGAAGCCAAGCUGGUAAUCCGAUGGGUGGACAUCACGCAGCUGGAGAAGAAUGCCACGCUGCUUCUGCCCGACGUGAUCAAAGUGAGCACGCGGUCCAGCGAACAUUUCUUCUCUGUGUUCCUCAACAUCAAUGAGACCUUCAAGUUAAUGGAGCAGCUCGCCAACAUUGCCAUGAGGCAGCUCCUAGACAAUGAGGGCUUUGAACAAGAUCGAUCCUUGCCCAAACUGAAAAAGAAAUCUCCCAAAAAAGUGUCCGCUCUCAAACGUGAUCUGGAUGCCAGAGCCAAGAGUGAGAGAUACCGUGCACUUUUCCGGCUACCCAAAGAUGAAAAAUUAGACGGCCACACAGACUGCACCCUGUGGACUCCGUUUAACAAAAUGCACAUUUUGGGGCAGAUGUUUGUGUCCACAAAUUAUAUCUGCUUUACCAGCAAGGAGGAGAAUUUAUGUAGCCUCAUAAUCCCACUGCGGGAGGUGACAAUUGUCGAAAAGGCAGACAGCUCCAGUGUCCUCCCGAGUCCUUUAUCCAUCAGCACGAGGAACAGGAUGACCUUUCUGUUUGCCAACUUGAGAGACAGAGACUUUCUAGUGCAGAGGAUCUCCGAUUUCCUGCAGCAAACAACUUCCAAGAUAUACUCGGACAAAGAGUUUGCAGGAAGCUACAACAGUUCAGAUGAUGAGGUGUAUUCUCGGCCCAGCAGCCUCGUCUCCUCCAGCCCCCAGAGAAGUACCAGCUCUGAUGCUGAUGGAGAGCGACAGUUCAACCUCAAUGGCAACAGCGUCCCCACAGCCACGCAGACUCUGAUGACCAUGUAUCGGCGGCGGUCUCCUGAGGAAUUCAACCCCAAAUUGGCCAAAGAGUUUCUGAAAGAGCAAGCCUGGAAGAUUCACUUUGCUGAAUACGGGCAAGGGGUCUGCAUGUACCGCACCGAGAAAACACGGGAGCUUGUGUUGAAGGGCAUCCCGGAAAGCAUGCGUGGCGAGCUCUGGCUGCUCCUCUCAGGUGCCAUCAAUGAGAAGGCCACCCAUCCCGGCUACUAUGAAGACCUGGUGGAGAAGUCCAUGGGGAAGUAUAAUCUCGCCACAGAGGAGAUUGAGAGGGAUCUACACCGCUCCCUCCCAGAGCACCCAGCAUUCCAGAAUGAAAUGGGCAUUGCUGCUCUGAGGAGGGUCUUAACAGCUUAUGCCUUCCGGAAUCCCAACAUAGGAUACUGCCAGGCCAUGAAUAUCGUCACAUCAGUGCUCCUUCUUUACGCCAAAGAGGAGGAAGCCUUCUGGCUGCUGGUGGCUCUGUGUGAGCGCAUGCUCCCGGACUACUACAACACCAGGGUUGUCGGUGCGCUGGUGGACCAAGGUGUCUUUGAGGAGCUGGCGCGAGACUAUGUCCCGCAGCUGUAUGACUGCAUGCAGGAUCUGGGCGUGAUCUCCACCAUCUCCCUGUCCUGGUUUCUCACACUCUUCCUCAGCGUGAUGCCCUUCGAGAGCGCCGUGGUGGUUGUCGACUGUUUCUUCUAUGAAGGAAUCAAAGUGAUAUUCCAGUUGGCCUUAGCUGUGCUGGACGCAAAUGUGGACAAGCUGUUGAACUGCAAGGAUGAUGGGGAAGCCAUGACCGUUUUGGGAAGGUAUUUAGAUAGCGUGACCAAUAAAGACAGCACGCUGCCUCCCAUCCCUCACCUCCACUCCCUGCUCAGUGACGAUGUGGAGCCCUAUCCCGAGGUGGACAUCUUCAGACUCAUCAGAACGUCCUACGAGAAAUUUGGAACCAUCCGGGCUGACUUGAUUGAGCAGAUGCGAUUCAAACAGAGACUGAAAGUGAUCCAGACCCUGGAGGAUACCACGAAACGGAACGUGGUUCGAACCAUUGUGACAGAAACUUCCUUUACCAUCGAUGAGCUUGAAGAACUUUACGCCCUUUUCAAGGCAGAGCAUCUAACCAGCUGCUACUGGGGUGGGAGCAGCAAUGCUCUGGACCGACACGACCCCAGCCUGCCUUACCUCGAACAGUACCGCAUCGACUUCGAGCAGUUCAAGGGCAUGUUUGCUCUUCUGUUCCCCUGGGCGUGUGGAACGCACUCUGACGUGCUGGCCUCCCGCUUGUUCCAGUUACUGGAUGAAAAUGGAGACUCCCUGAUAAACUUCCGAGAGUUUGUCUCUGGGCUAAGUGCUGCGUGCCAUGGGGAUCUCACAGAGAAGCUCAAACUUCUGUACAAGAUGCAUGUCUUGCCUGAGCCAUCUUCUGAUCAAGAUGAGCCAGAUUCUGCUUUUGAAGCAACUCAGUACUUCUUUGAAGAUAUCACCCCAGAAUGUACACACGUUGUCGGCUUGGAUAGCAGAAGCAAACAGAGUGCGGAUGAUGGCUUCGUCACAGUGAGUCUAAAGCCAGACAAAGGGAAGAGGGCAAAUUCUCAAGAAAACCGUAACUACCUGAGACUCUGGACUCCAGAAAAUAAAUCCAAGUCCAAGAAUGCAAAGGAUUUGCCCAAAUUGAACCAGGGGCAGUUCAUCGAGCUGUGCAAGACCAUGUACAACAUGUUCAGCGAGGACCCCAACGAGCAGGAGCUGUACCACGCCACGGCAGCGGUGACCAGCCUCCUGCUGGAGAUCGGGGAAGUGGGCAAGCUCUUCGUCGCCCAGCCCGCCAAGGAGGCCGGCGGCACGGCAGGCGCGCUGCUCCCCAAGAAGGGCCCUGGGCAGCCGUACGCGGUGGAGGCCGGGGAGCCCCUCCCGGCCAGCCUGGCCGCUGCUGCCGCCGCCGGGGACAGCGAGGAGCACUCGCUGGGAGGACAGAUGGAGGACAUUAAGCUGGAGGACUCCUCGCCCCGCGACAACGGGGCCUGCUCCUCCAUGCUCACCUCCGAUGACGACAGCUCCAUGUCCUCGUACUCGGUGCUGAGUGCCGGCUCGCACGAGGAGGACAAGCUGCACUGCGAGGACAUCGGCGAGGACACCGUGCUGGUGCGCAGCGGCCAGGGCUCGGCCGCGCUGCCGCGGAGCACCAGCUUGGACCGGGACUGGGCCAUCACCUUCGAGCAGUUCCUGGCCUCGCUCCUAACCGAGCCGGCCCUGGUGAAGUACUUUGACAAGCCCGUGUGCAUGAUGGCCAGGAUCACCAGCGCCAAGAACAUCCGCAUGAUGGGCAAGCCCCUCACCUCGGCCAGUGACUACGAAAUCUCCUCCAUGUCAGGCUGAGCCGGCAGCGCCACCUGCUGGAGGCACGCGGGAAAGGGAGGGGGCUUUUUUAGGUGCCUCUGUGUUGGGAGUUCGUUCUUUCUUUCUUUUAAAUUCAAUAUUUAUUAGUACCGGGCCCAAAGCCUCGUGUUUUCAUAACGUAAUACAACGAAAGCUGUUGGAGAAAAUAUUUAAACACCUCAUUGUAGGCACAGUACACUCUUGGGGGGAAGAGGGGAUUUAUUGGAAUACAGUUUAUUCAGUGAAUUCCAAAAAAAAAAAAAAAAGAUCUGAAUCUGUCAGUGAUAUGUGUGUAUUGUAACUUAUUAACCUUACUGUUGCGCUGUAUACAUGGUUUAAAAAAUAGUGCUGUUUCAUGCUAAAUAAGACAGCAAUCAUGUGUAUAUUCAGAUUUUUCCAUAUCAUUAAGGCUGUUAGGAAAAUGAAAAGCCACAACACAAGACUGUUCUUAAAUGGGAAAGAUAGUGUCAGCUGGGGCAAAUCCUACGCCACUUUAGGAAGUAUUAGACACAUUUUUACAGAUUUGAAAUAAUAUUUCAUAAAAGCUCUCAUCAAAAAUCAUAUUCAACAAAUGUUCUCCUUCAGGGGGAAGACAUUUGGGUCCUGCACAAUUAGGAAAGUGGAAAUGACCUUCCAUGAUGCCAGACAGCACUUGGACUUGACCAGUUUGCACAGACAGCAUCCCCGUUUUGCAUUAAGCACUUGUCCUGACGAUUGAUGGCAGCUGGCCAGAAACAGAAGCCGUCUUUUGUUCCUGGGACUCCAGAUGUGGCAACACACAUCACAGAGGGAUCAGGAUACGCUCCGGGUUUCAUUUGGGUUUUGAAAGAGUAAAAGUACCGAUGUUUCUGGUACUGAAUUUUCAGCUUUUUGUUACUACAAUUAAAGAAAAAAAAUGAAGUUUACCAUUUCCAUACUCUCCAUAGAUUCAAGAAAUUAUACCAUGUAUCGUAGAUGACCAUCUUUUCAUUAAAUCAACAUAGAGAUCAUGUAAACUGAAAAAACAAUCCUGCAAGAUAACGUAACUCAAUGUUUUCAAGCAGAACUUGUCACUUUAUAUCAAAGCAUAGUCUGUUCUAUUUCCCGAGUGGAUGUGGAAAUGAAAGCUCGCGCACCUGCACUUUGAAUUCUAGCUUCAAUUUUUCUUAUUGUUACGUUUUUGUUUUUUACAGAUGUUGGGAGGUUUUUCCCCAUGUCGUUGAAUUCAUAAUCAUGUUCACAUUUCCUUUGCCUAUUCAGAAUAUUCCUUUCAACACAUUCCUUUAUUUUAUUAUACACCGCAUCCUUAUUUUAGCUGUUGCUGCUUUGUUUCCUAUUUUGUUUACAGAAUGACUUUUAAACUGUCAAAUGAAGUAGUGUUAACCUCAAAUAGGAUAAAUGUGAACAAAUAAAAUGCUUCAGAUACGG